GCUAUGCAAUGUGCCAGGUGAACGGCCUGCCCCGCUGGCACUUUUGCAGGAAAGGGUAUUCUGACAAAUUGCCGCUGGCUUGCUUGCUGGCGCUGGCCCCCUGGUGCACCACACCCGUGCCCCCGGGAAUUAAGUAUUAAAACUCCCUGGUGCGUUUAAUCCGCAGUGCUGGUCUUUAUUGGGAAGGCAACGUCCCGAAGCGGGUAUGUUGUUUCGUGCAUUAGCCAAAGGCGGGCUUGACGUAAAUACCGCGAUGGCCGCGACAUGGAGGGCUGCCACCGAAAGCAUCCUCGCCACGACAUUUGCGACCGACAUUUGCGACCGACAUCUGCGACCAGCAUCUGCCCACGCAUCGCCACGACAUCUGCCCACGCAUCAAGGCCACGUUAUCUGGCCACAUAUCAAGGCCCACAGUAUCAAGGCCCCACUAUCUAGACCACGACACACCUGUCUACUUUUUCUUCUGUUCUAUAAUUGUGUCUGCAGACACCAGAGCCAAUUCCGGGUGCUGAAAGUGCCGGGCAGAACAGCCGGCACGAAUGUCCCCAUGACUUUGCUUGUAAAUUAUGCCUGUAGACGGGAGGAACAUCCACCGAGUAGAAAUGCACAGGUGUUUUCGGAAUAUCCACGUGAGCCGGUCCACGGAAAAUGGACCGUCCAGCAGAACCCAUCGGCAACUUCGGCUGGAAGCAGCGAAUUACGUAAUGUUCAGCAAAGAUCCGGCGGAAAUACCAGCCGCCGUUUUCCGUGCUGGUGCCCGGACAGCGAGGCCCCGGAAAGUGGCCCCUCGGAACCACCGGGAUACGGGCUGGCGCUGGCGACAUGUGCGGCGGCCGGAACUGGGCGGCUCGGGGCUGGGGGUUACCCUGCCUGAGCUGAAACACCUGGCGCACCCGACACUGCGUGCAUAGUAGCACGCUAUUUGGCAAGAGCGCUCCGUGUGCAGCGCCCAGCAUGCUGUAUGCCCGAGCCCAAACAGCCCGAAAAAAGCAA